AAGUUCGACCAGGCAGGAACUUAUUACUUCUGCCGAGCAUCGGGUGGUUUCACGAGGGACCACACGAUGCUUCCCUACACCAUUUUUACGUUCGUCAACCGCGACUCUCUUAAAAAAGGGGUGGACACGCGGCCGUACAACUGUUCAGCUUAG